AUGUCCGUUGCAACAGAGGUGUCCGAUAUGUCUUCGACGCCAUUCCCUACAAAGACGGUCGUCAUCCUGGGCGGUUCCUACGGAGGCUCAAGAGCUGCUCAAGUUCUUGCACAGGGUAUCCCGCAGGGCUGGAGAAUUGUUUUGGUAGAUAGAAAUUCACAUAGGAAUCAUGUUUACAACUUUUCUAGAUAUGCUGUUCUUGCCGGUCACGAACACAAAGCAUUCAUUCCAUACAAUAACUUCCCUUCUUGUUCUCUUUCAGAUGUUUCUUCAUGUUCAUCUCAUGUUCGCGUGCAGGCAACUAUCACCUCCAUAGAUAAUCAUCGCAUCAUCCUCUCUCCGAAUCUGCCAGGGUCACAACAAUCUUACUUAGACUUUGACUAUGCCAUUUAUGCUCUCGGCUCCCACUUACCCCAGCCAAUAGACCUUUGGAAUCACCAAAAAGGUGGAGUUAAAUCGACUUUGGAACCACUAGAAAUUCCACUGUACGGAGGAACGAAGUUGGAGGGUAUCUCAUCCCUCCGAGAACGCCAGAAACGUGUCGAGGCUGCCAGGUCCGUGUUGGUCGUAGGUGGCGGCGCGCUUGGUAUUCAGUUCGCAUCUGACAUCGCUGCUGUAUACCCACAAAAGCGCGUCACGCUUCUACAGUCCCGUCAUCGUUUAUUGCCAAAGUUUGACCACGCAGUGCACGAAAAAGCCCUUCAGGGUUUGCAGGAGCUAAACAUAUGUGUUAUUCUUGGAGAGCGACUGGAUUUCGAGUCACUCCAACACAAAUCCACUGAUCAAGGCUCUUCAGAGCCACGUGUAGUACGGACUGUAUCAGGGCGGGAGAUAUCCGCCGACCUUCUGCUCCUAUGCACUGGCCAAGCACCGAAUACAGGGCUCCUUCGUGAUAUGGACCCCCGUGCUGUAUCCCCAGACACUGGACUGGCACAUGUUCUGCGGACUAUGCAGCUUUACGUCCCACCACCUUCUUUUGAGCCCCACAAGUUUCGGGAAAAUGAUGUACUGCAUUGGUUGAUGGACUUAACUCCUGAUACGGAAGAAGGGAUAGAACAGUCAGAAUUAUGGCGAUUGUCGCCAUCCAUCGCAUAUGCUGACAUACCUUCAACGUCACCCGUGUCAUCCACGGCCACCCUGGUCGAGCCCUACUCAUCUCAACAGACUUUGUACCCGUACAUCUUCGUCGUGGGCGAUGCGGCAGACGCGUUCGACGCGAUCAAAGCUGGACAUACAGCAUAUUAUCAAGCGGAGGUUGCCGCACGGAACAUCUUACGCCUCAUCUCUCGAGAUGAGAAAGUUGGCACUGCAGCUAGGGACAAAUUAGAUUCGGAACUCGAGGAGUAUGCGCCCGGGCCUCCGGCUAUUAAAGUGACGCUUGGUAUCACGAAGUCGGUAUAUGAGGUGAAUGGGGUUGUUGGCACGAGGAAUGAUGGCGUGGAAGAUCUGAAUGCUGCUGUUACGUGGGCGGCGUGUGGGAUGCGGGAUGUGAGUGAGGAGGAUAUGUUUACGUAG